UGGCAUUACUGUGGAUAUCUCCUCCCAAUGACUUGAUGCCUGACGCGAAAACUGAUGCCUUAUACCGACUUGUUUAGCACUGCGCCCCAGCAAAACGAACCUAAUUCUGAAAUUACUGCCCCUUAAUGACCAACAUAGGAGGUACCUAGCCAUGUAAUAAUCAGCUUCACGAUAUGCAUUCAAACUGGACGGUGAGUGUUCUAGCUAUUGAAAACCAGUUUAUGGAUUGAUCGACAUCGAUUCUAAUACUGGGUACCAGGUACCUAAGGUAGGAGGUAAGUAAAAUAUGAUAUGGAGGCAGUGCUGCUUGCUCUAUCCUGCAUGAUGGAGUCCCUUAGAAGACCCUCAAACGUCGCUUGAAGAAUGAGCAAAAGUAAGAGAUAUAUAAUGAGGUCUUAGCCCGAGUCUUGUAGGAAAGAAAGGCUCUUUUUCUUAGAUCCAUCUUUCAUACCAUCACGGCAUACUGGGUUAGAGUCACCAGCACGUAUCUUUCCAAGUCCCACAAGAUGGCCUCCUCGACAGCUUUACCAGCAGCUCUAUUAAUCAUUUAUAUCAUAGUAUCUCCAUCCCUAAUCUAUAUCGUCAAAAAGCAUGGCCUGAAGCAUGGGACUUUUAUUGGAUGGCUCUUCCUCUUCCUAUUCUGCACUUUAAAGAUUGUCGCUAGUGCUAUCGAGAUACAUGAUGCCCGAAGUUCAAGCGCUGCACUGGUUGCUAGCAUCGGCCUGUCUCCCCUCCUUGCUGCCGCUUGUGGCAUCAUGCACGAGUCACGCGUCUAUAUCCUUCCGAAAUCGCGACGGCCUUUUGAUACUCAAUACCUUGUUCUCUUCCAUGGCCUUGUUACGACUGCAAUAGCUCUUGUUGCUUCUGGAGCCUCGAAGCUCAACAACACCACACUAUCACCAGACCAGCUAAAACGAAGCCUCAAUCUAGUCAAGGGUGGCAUGAUUUUGUUGCUCUUGGGUUGGCUUUCUCUUGCAGUAGUUACGCUUACCACGUAUGGAAACUCUUUAACUCAAAGGUCUAGAAGACUGGCAGCGGGCGAAUCAGGGAAGGCUCUGCUCUUAGCCGUCGCUAUUUCUAUACCAUUCUUAGGCAUCCGACUACUGGAAAGAGCCGUUUAUUUCUUUACCCAAAACCAAGACUUAAGCCCAGUAACGGGUAGCCUAGGCCUACGAAUCGGCUUUGAGGUCAUAGAGGAGAUUAUUGUUACCUUGGUAUUUGUCUUCACGGGGAUCUUGACUCGAAAUAUUAGAAUGAUAGCUGCGGAGGACUCAUUCUAAGCCGAAAUAGAUGGGGGUUCAUAAGAUUAGCUACCUGAUGCCUAAACCAGGCGUGGACUAGAAUUCUUGAUAAUCGUAUGCAAUGUACCUAACCUAUCAGUUGUUACCACCCAUACACGAUAAUUACCUA